GCUGCCUCUUAUACACUAGGUGAACCUUAGAGGACCUGGCAGAACAGAGCAGAGAGUCUGUAAAGCACCUGAGCGCAGCGGGGCUGCAGUCAGAGCUCUGUCCCUGACGGGAUUACCAACGCCUGCUGCAAACGCACAUAGUUUUUUUUUUUUAAUAAUUCCAUUUUUCUAUCAUUUUUCUGCUCUUCAGCCAGAAGAUGGCGCACAUGCGAAGCGGUGCUCUGCUGACACAGGUGCUAAGCCUGACCCUCCUCACCUGGGCCGCCGAGGAUUACGACUAUUACACCUGGCAGGCAGACAACGUCCAGAGCGGGCACUUCCACGCCAAGCAGCCGCAGUGUGUGGAUAUCCCGGCCGACCUGCGGCUGUGCCACAGCGUGGGCUACAAGCGCAUGCGGCUGCCCAACCUGCUGGAGCACGAGAGCAUGCAGGAGGUGCGGCAGCAGGCCGGCAGCUGGGUGCCCCUGCUGGCCAAGCGCUGCCACAGCAACACACAGGUCUUCCUGUGCUCGCUGUUCGCGCCUGUGUGCCUGGACCAGCCCAUCUUCCCAUGCCGCUCGCUCUGCGAGGCUGUGCGCAACAGCUGCGCCCCCGUCAUGGAGACAUACGGCUUCCCCUGGCCCGAGAUGCUGCAGUGCCACAAGUUCCCCAAUGACAAUGACCUCUGCAUCCCUGAGCAGUUCGCCGGCCAGCAAGUGGCACCAACUCCAGCUUCCGAAGUCUGCCCACCUUGUGACAGUGAGCUGAAGACAGACACCAUCCUGGAUCACUUUUGUGCCUCUGAUUUCGCGCUAAAGAUGAAGAUCAAGGAGGUUAAGAAGGAAAGGAACGACCGCAAGGUGAUCGCGGCGCAGAAGAAGUGGAAGGUGCUGAAGGCGGGGGAGCUUCGCAGGAAAGACCAGAAGAAGCUGGUGCUGCGCAUCAGGAAUGGCGCCGACUGCACCUGCGCGCAGCUGGACAGCCUGGAGGGCAGCUUCCUCAUCAUGGGCCGCCGUGUGGGCCAGCAGAUGCUCCUCACCACCAUCCACAAGUGGGACAAGAAGAGCAAGGAGCUCAAGUUCGCCAUCAAGCGCAUGAAGUCCCAUCGCUGCCCCAUCUUCCACACCGUGUUCCAGUGACGUCCAGAGGAACCGCCCUGCUGCUUCAUCACACACAACUUUCUGCCAUUUUAGACUCUGUUUCCUGUCAAGCGCUGUCCUUGCAGUACCGUGAGACAUACAGUCAUCUUAGCCCAUAUAUGCAAUAGGAUAUUUUACAACAUGAAUGGAUCCUUGUGCGGCAAUGACAUCAGAUGCCAGUAUAUCUGCAACGGUCACCUGUAAUCUACAUUGCCUGGCCAAAAAAAAGUCACACACUUUAAUAUUUCGUUGGACCACCUUUAGCUUUGAUUAUGGUGCACAUUCGCCAAUGCAUUGUUUCCACGUGCUUAUGCAACAUCGCAACAUCCAGAUUUGCAUUCAUUUCUCAUCGGGAUCUUGUAUUGAUGACAGGUGAGUUGAACCACUCCGUAAAGUCUUCUUCAGCACAUCUCAAAGACUUUCAGUGAGGUUAAGGUGAAGUCUCUCUGGUGGCCAAUUCAUGUGUGAAAAUGAUUCAUCAUGGUCCUGAACCUUUGACAAUUCAAGCCCAAUGAAUCUUGGACUUAUUGUCCUGAAAUAUGUCCAUGCCAUUAGGAAAGAAAAAAUCCAUUGAUGGGACAACCUGGCCAUUCAGUAGAUUCACUCAGCUGACUUCACUGUAUUGUAGCAUAACAUUGCUGGGCUGUAAUAAUGAGACAAUCAUUGGUUCUUACGUACUGAUUAAAUAGUGACUUUUUUUGGCCAAGCAGUGUAAUUUCAAUCAAAAAGGAUUUAAAAGACGUGUGAGGAUUUAAAAAACGUGGGGAGUGCAAGAAGGGCAUGAUGCGAGGGAGAGUGAGGGAUUCAAGAGAAAGGGGAGUAGAAGACAGAUGGGUGAGUGGUGGUUUACAUGCAAGUAAAAGCAAAUGUGAUUGGCCACUGAGCUCACCAAUGACACGCCUCUUCUGUCCGAGAGAAUGCGUGUUUUCAAGUAUGGGACCCAGAAACUGAGAAACACCUAUGCAUGGUCUAUUCAGAACUGGCACCAACAAGGAUUCACUGAUAUUAGUAUCUCUGUAAUUGUAGAUAUCGAAAAAAAUAUAUAAAACAUUUACAUAUAUAUGUUGUAUAUAUAUGUAAUGUAAAACAGAUUGUUUUAAUGACAGCUAGGUGAGAUAGAAAUAUGGUCAUGGCAGCAUCCUUUCUCCCCAAAGGAAAGGUGGCCUACCAGAAGUGAUGGAGUGUUUGACAGUACAGUGCCCCCUGCAGGUCAAAUGAGGGUCUGCACCACACUACUCUCAAUGGGAUGAUUAAGAUUCCAGCCUGGGACGUGACAAGCUCUGCUCCUGCCUGGUGUGGGCCACCCCUGCUCACCAUCAUUAUAAAUCAUCAUCUCUCUUUUUAGAACAGAUAUUAUUUGCUUAAAAUAUACAUCUAUGGUACGCCCAAUCUACAGACUAGGCAUCUGUGUUCACUGUUUCUGUAAUAUAAAAUGAAUUUAAAACUUAAAAAUAAAAUAAGAUUUUUUAUUUAGCUUUUUGUAAGUAGUUACAGUACUGAAAAACGUUUUUAAAUAAAAUACUGAUAUGACACAAA